AAGUAAAGGAAAGUACACGACUCCCAUGGAGCGCAUUGCAGCACAGGACAAUUCUUAUUAAUCAACGACAAAACGAAUGAUCACACUUGCCAACGCGCUGAUUAGCUUUCGUAAGAUGGUCUUCGCAUGAUCGCUAACGUGAGAUCAGAGGUUGAUGACAAGACAGGACGGCUCCGAAGCUGUCGUUUGAUGGCGAAUUCACGUGGAUUGCUGCAUAGACAUGUGUCCGCAGAUGCCCAGGCUCUCCACUGAAGCGACUCUGCUUCAGCAUCAUUGCUCUUGAGUAAAGGAGAAGCCACUUCUCCUUCUGAAGUUCUCUGACCCAGCUUUUCAGAUUUCUUGGAGAAGAUGAUGCCCGUCGACAAAGAAGAAAGCUCACUGAGCAUCAAAGAAAUUAGAGGAACGGAGGAGGGUUUGAGAACAGUGGAGUGCCUCAGAGGAAGGCUCCUUGCAGAGAGACAGGCUUCCAGAUUCGCUAGAGAGCAAGCUCAGCUCAUGGCCAACAGGUUGGUGGAACUGGAGAACCAGCUGAGAGAAGAGACCAGAUUGAGGACGAAAACAGAGAAAAAGCUCAAGUGCCUGAAGAAGAAGCUCGAGACCCUGCUAAUCUCACCUGCAUUGCCCGAACCAGAGCAAUCCGGCGCCUGCGAAGCCGGCAUCGCCUCAUCGGAUUCGUCUUCCACAGUCACAAUCGCCUCAGAAACCAAAAUUACUGAAGAAGCAGAAGUAGAAUCCAAGUCCCAUUUUGAGAACAUGGACGCAUCGCUCCAUCUGGAGCUUUAUGCUUCUGAAAAAUCUCUCGCCGGAGAUAAGCGCGAUUCCAACGCCGGAGAUUUUUCCUCCGAGAAGGCGGGCCCCAAAUACGAUGAAUUCAAGACCGAUGGCCAUAGCCACACAAGCGCGAGGGAUUUGGCGACGGAGAACGAGAACAGUUUCGAUGGUGAUGACCAGGUGGACGAUUCGUUAGCAUUAGUUCCGGUCACCUUGCCUGAAGCAGAACCAGAGAGCAAAGAGCCGAACGCGAAGAUGACGAUAACGAGUGCGAGCGUCAGUGAAGUGCUCGAUGCACUGAGGCACGCGAGAGAGAACAUCCAGAGAUCGAUGGAGAAGCGAAGUUGCAUGAUUAGAGUCGGCCCACCUCAUCGAGCUGCCCAGCUCUGUUAAGCGAUUUCAUGAUUGUCUAGGUGGCGAAAGGGCCCUCGCUGACGGUCUCUGUUUUUUCUCUUUUCCUUUUGGAGCUUUCUUGAUGUGGGACGAAGAAUGUCAGUGCAGUGAUUCUUCAUUGCUUUUCAGAUGAUGCAUGCCAGAGAAUGGGACAAUGUAGGGAGAGUGAUGAUGAUGAUGAUGAUGAUUCAUGGUGUGUUUUGUCAGAUGUCUGUCCUCAGUGGGAGCUGAACAGAGGUGAAGAAAAGAAAUUUACAUUGCAAUUUGUCUCUUGGGGUUUGUCUUA